UGACGUCAGUGACGUCGACGUCCUUGACCUCGCGGUUUUUGGCAGCAUUUUACUGGUGAACUCGACAGCUGAGCUGUGGUGUGAGCAGCGACUCCGGAUCUGCGAUCCCAAAACGUUCAGUGCAGGAGUGCACCCCCGCCUAGGCACCAUGCACACGAAUAGAGAUGCCGGCAUCAGUUCUUUUUCAGAGGCCCUGAAUUGCGGCCCUGAAGACACCGGCCUACCGGGGCACUUGAGUGCAUCCCUACCUUCCGUGUUGGGGCCGGACUCCCUCUACGUGUCAGUCCCCGGGGCCGACGCCGAGUCCUCCAACGUGGUGGGUCGCGAGAGCGGCCACCCGGGUUCCCAUGAGACGUUUGUGACGGUGGAGCGCCUGCAGCGGCCGCUGUGUGGCGGCUCCCGGCCGCACUUCUUCCGCGGCGUGUGUACGGUGGUGACCAAGCUGUUCCACAUCUGCGAGCCAGACGUGGCUGUGUUUGGCCGCAAGGACUACCAACAGUGGCGGGUGAUCUGUCGGAUGGUUCGAGAUCUGGAUUUCCCCGUGGAGGUGGUGGGGAUGCCCAUCUGCCGGGAGCCGGACGGGCUGGCCAUGAGCAGUCAUAACGCUCGUCUGUCCCCCGAGUCCGGGGAGAGGGCCUUAUGCAUCUCCCGGGGACUGGCUUGCGCUGAGAAGGCGGUGGCGGAGGAGGCGGCUUCGGAGCCCGCGGAUGUGGCUGCGCAGUUGAGGGGCCGGAUUGAGGAAGGGGGGGGUACAGUGGACUAUGUGGAGUGGAGGCUUGUGUUGAUCAAUGAUGCAGCACUUAUUGCCGCAAUGGCCGGGCGGCGGCAUUGCCGAAUCGAACAAUUUGAUCAAGCCCAUCCCAUAAGACCUUUCAACGACAAGAUCUAA